AGUACUGUUGUUUUUUCUUCUGUCUACCAGAUGAACAUGUUACUACACCAUGUCCUGUAUCUCCUCCUUCAUGUGGCAUCAGGCAGCCAGUAUGGGACAGAGACCAUCGAGACUCUCAUGCCAAAUGUGAAGGUGGUGAAGGUGGAUCUGAGGAGCUUCACUGAGACGCAGGUCCCUCUGCUCUGUGGGGACUCCUAUCAGGACACAGAGGUGAUCUGGAUGAAGGACAGUGAGCGUGAAGGACACGGGAACCAGAUCAAGGUGAAAGUGGAGGAGAUGAUGGGAGCGAACUACAGCUGCCACAACGCUGCUGGAGACUACCUCAACCACACGCUGGUGCUGGUGCAGGACAUACCAUCACCCAACAGAACGAGACGCGUCCUGGAGAAGUCACAUGACACAGAUGAGAAUGAAUACAUAAGAUGUUUGGCAAAAAAUUACAAUGGAACAUUUCAUUGCUUUUGGAAGAAGACCAAGUAUCGGACGUCAGCAGUUGUUGCUCUGGUCCAAGUAGGACAGUUCUCUGGCAGAAACUUCUCCUGCUUCGUUCACAGUGAUGGUGCAGGUUUGACCUGUGAGGACCUGGACAGCUGUUCCUUUGCUGAGGAGGUGUCCCGUAUCGACCUGACCGUCUACUUCAGGAGCAACUACCUCCUAGAGGACUACACCGUUACACCGUUCUACAUACGAGAAAUAGUGAAGACAGACAAGAUCCACAUCACCAAGGUGGAGGGGAACACCUUUCAGUGGGAGUACCCUGCGACGUGGAGCCUCCCACGCUCUUACUAUCCCCUUACAUUCCAGGUCAAAGUGGUCCACGCCAGGGACAGCUGUGACUCUGAAAAACAGGUCCUUCUAAAGGAAACCAAAGAAACAAAGUUAACCGUAGUUCACAGCUCCAAGAAGUAUCGUUUCUGCCUCCGGGCGAAGGAUGAACUGGUUGACUGUCCCUGGUGUCAGUGGACCCAUUAUGAGGUAAAGCAUAAAUAUAAGAAACAUUGA